AUGAAAGCACUCAAGUGUCCAGAGGUUGAUCCCAUUCCAAUUCCACAUAAAUGGUAUCAACCCGGUGAUCUCCUCAUUGGAGGAAUGACUUCACAGAUCAUCUAUGCCUUCAGUGAGCAUUUAUUUUAUGAACAUCCAUCUCAGGAGCUCUAUGAAUUUUCAGAUGUGAUUACAAAAUUCUACCAGCAUGUCCUUUCUUUUGCCUUUGCUGUCAAGGAGAUCAAUGAGAAUGCACAAAUCUUGCCCAAUGUUACCCUUGGAUUCCACAUCUAUGACAGCUACAACAAUCCUAAGAUGACCUAUCGGACUACACUGGACUUACUUUUCAAAUCAGAUAGAUUUCUCCCCAACUACAAAUGUGGAUGUCAGAAAAUUAUCCUGGCCAUCAUUGGAGGACUUGGAUCAGAUACCUCAUCCCAUAUGGAAGAAAUUGUAAAGUUCUACAAAAUUCCACAGCUCACGUAUGGAUCAUUUCCCCUGGAAGAAAUUGAUAGCUGUCAAUCAUCUUCACUUUACUUUAUGGCCCCAAAUGAAGUUCCUCAGUAUAUCGGGAUUAUCCGAUUGCUUCAACGAUUUGGAUGGAAAUGGAUUGGGCUCUUUGCUGCGGACACUGAGAGUGGAGAACACUUUUUGCAGAAAUUGGAGCCCUUGUUUUCUGAGCAGGGAAUCUGUUUAGCUUUCACACAAAGAUUCCCAAAAUUAUUCUGUUUGGAUGACUUGGGCAAAUUUAAUGAUAUAAUGUUUAACUUUUAUGCACAUUUCACAGAUGUUAAAACAAAUACGUAUAUCAUCUACGGAGAAUCUUUUACACUUGCGUGGCUCACAGCUCUCAAAUCUGUAUGGGAUGCUGCAAAUAAGGAAAAUGCAUCUUUAAGCAAGGUGUGGAUCACCACAAGCCAAAUUGAUUUUAUGCUACCAGGAUCCCAAAGGGAUUGGAAUCUCCAGUUUUAUGAUGGGGCCAUUUCCUUUCAAAUCCAUUCAGGUGAAAAUCAGGAAUUCAAGGAAUUUCUUCAGUCCAUAAAACCAUAUUCAACCCCUGGAGAUGGGUUUCGAAACCAUUUUUGGGAGCAUGCAUUUGACUGCUUCUUUCCUAAUUCGGGAUUGUCAUCAUUGGGCAGUCAAGAAUGCACUGGGGAAGAAGGACUGGGAAACCUUCCUGAAUCUCUGUUUCAGUUACAGAUGACCGGCCACAGCUACAGUAUCUAUAAUGGUGUUAAUGCUGUGGCUCUUUCUUUGCAUAGCAUGCUGUCAAAGGGAUUAAAUCUCAAAAAAAUCUUUGCAGAUAAAAUAGCUGAAUCUCCAGAACUACAACCUUUUAAGCUCCACCAAUUUCUUCAAGACAUUUCUUUCAACAAUGCAGCAGGACAGGGAAUAUCUUUUAAUGAGAAGAGGGAAGUUGCAGGUGGAUUUAGCAUCAUCAAUAUGAUCGCUUUUCCAAACAAGUCCAUCAGGACGGUGCAAGUUGGAAAGCUAGAUCCUGAUGCAUCUUAUGGAAAUGAAUUGAUCAUUAAUGAAAAUCUGAUAGAAUGGCACAAAGGUUUUAAUCAGGUUCUUCCGGUUUCUUUGUGUAAUGAAUACUGUCACCCUGGAUAUUGGAAGAGAAAAUCUGAAGAGAAAAGCUUCUGCUGCUACGAUUGUGUCCCAUGUCAACAGGGGAAGAUUUCAAGCAAGAUAGAUACAGAAGAUUGUUUCAAAUGUCCUGAAGAUCAAUAUCCAAACAAGGAUCAAGAUCAAUGCCUUAACAAAACAAUGAGUUUCCUGUCCUUUGAAGAACCUUCAGGGAUUAGUCUGGCCUCAGCUGCUGUUUCCUUCUCCCUCCUGACAAUCAGUGUGCUCGGAAUUUUCCUUAAGCGUAGAGAUACUCCCAUUGUCAAGGCCAACAACCGGGACCUCACUUACACACUACUCAUUGCCCUUCUGCUCUGUUUUUUCUGUUCCUUGUUAUUCUUUAGUCAACCAGGGAAAGUAAUCUGCCUUCUCCGUCAACCAUUAUUUGGCAUCAUCUUUUCAGCUGCAGUUUCUUGUGUGUUAGCUAAAACUAUUACUGUGGUUAUAGCUUUCAUGGCUACUAAGCCAGGUUCUUCAAUGAGAAAAUGGUUGGGGAAAAAAUUGUCUCUUUCCAUUGUCCUUUCUUGUUCUUUUUUUCAAGCUGGACUUUGCAUUCUCUGGCUGGCAACAUCUCCUCCAUUCCCUGAGUUAGACAUGCACUCCCUUAAAGAAAUCAUGAUUUUGCAAUGCAACGAAGGCUCCAUCUUCAUGUUCUAUUGUGUCCUAGGCUACUUGGGCUUCUUGGCUAUUGCCAGCUUUAUUGUGGCUUUUCUUGCCCGUAAUUUACCUGACAGCUUUAAUGAAGCCAAGUUCAUCACUUUCAGCAUGUUGGUGUUCUGCAGUGUGUGGAUCUCCUUUGUUCCAACCUAUCUGAGCACCAAAGGAAAAGCCAUGGUGGCUGUGGAGAUCUUCUCCAUCUUGUCUUCCAGUGCUGGGUUAUUGGGAUGUAUCUUUUCCCCCAAAUGUUUCAUCAUUGUCUUCAGGCCAGAACUUAAUAGCAGACACCAACUAAUCAAACAAAAUAAUUAA